AUGCCUGAUCUCGCCCACUUCGACCCGUCGAGCGUCGACUCCUCCCCGUCCCGAAGUCGACCUGUCCCGCGACCGCUCGACCUCGCUUCGGUCAAGCGACUGGACGGGAGUACGGGUUCACCAUUGUCGGGCGAGAUGAGCGCAUUGGCGGCGGACUCUGCGGGCGAGGUGGACUUGCGGGCCCGGGUCGCGGAGGAAUCGCUUGGCGAGGUGGAUGUCGGCGUGCGCGAGCCUGCAGAGGGCGAGGAGGAGCGGCAGGAGCUUAAGCAGUCGCAGCGGCAGACUGGGACCAGCGGCGCUGCUCGCCCACCUCCUCUCGACCUCCAGCAACCCUCGACUUCGACUUCGCACCUCUCUGCUCGCUCUCUCCCUCCGUCCACCGCACCUUCGCCGCAGCUCAGCCGCUCCGUACUCGGAUACACCUCCUCGACACGCUCCACGACCGGCUCGCCCUACCGCCGACGAGCGACUACAUCCGGACUUAGCAGCGGGCGAAGAAGCGAGCCUGUCGCUCCUCUCGCUCUCAAUGGCAGCGGGCCGUCAAGCGCUGCGCAGCCUCCUGCAGGAGCCAGCUCGAGGUUCUUGUUGACGGUCGUCCCGCCCGGACACUUGCCGCAUGAUCCGCCUCAUCCGAGGUCGAAUCCGUCCGCAUCUGGCUACGGUCCUCCCAAGCACUUCCGCCGCGGAACCCUCGUCCCUCUCUACCCAACUCUCUCCUCCCAACUCGCCGCAAUCGCUCGCGAAUACGGCCUACCCUCUUCCGGCGGCCUCGUCCUCUACCUCCUUUCGACCACCGACCCCUCGACGCAGCAGCCUUUUCCGCAAGCAUCUGGCUUCGCCGGCGAAGGCGGACCGAGGAUAAGCGAGACGGCGUGGAGCAUGCUUUGGGCGCAGCUGUUUGCGGAAGAGGAAGCGGAGCGGGAGAUGGCGUUCUUGCGGCAGCAGGAGGCUGAGAUGGGGUACUCGGACGAGGAGGGAGAGGCAGACUACUCGGACGUCCCGCCGCCUGUUCCGCCUAUCCCCGUUCAGCACGACCAGCAGCCGCCACGACAGCGACAGACGUCGGAGAGCGACAACGCCAUCCUCUCCGACGAGAACGAGCCGGUCAGCCAGUCGAGCGAUGCGGGUGCCAGCGGCGACGGAUCCGUCUACUCGGCUGCGACAGGCGCGGCAGAAGGAUCGGUCAAGGACAAGCAGAACGCGUCUGCGAGUCGGCCGUCGUCGCUCGCGCAGGCGGGACUUGGUCGAGGACUACCGUCUGCGCUGACCUCGCCAAACGCCCGCUUCUCGAAGCGAUUCACGUCGCUUCCUCCGAACCUCCCGCCCCGACACCAGCGACAUUCUUCACGCCACUCAGUCCGCUCGGCCUCGAACGCCCCGCGCAACCACCGCUCCUCGUCGUACAUGUACUCCGCCCCACCUCACUCAGCCGGCGGUCUCCGCUCCGCUUCCUACGCCUCGUCCCACUUUGCGCCCUCCCUCUUCUCAGCCGGUCCUUCGCUUCCCUCGUACGGCGCGUCAGUCGUCGUCGGCAAGAUCGAGUUCGACAUCCACGCUUCGACGAGGCAGGGCAAGUGGUACGAAGCUUGGCUCGCAAGCGCUGCGCCAACGCCUGUCAUCCCAACUGUCCCUGCCUCGCGCGAAAUGGAGGCGGGCAAGGCGCCGGAGACGGAGAAGGCAUGGCAGGAGCUGCACCUCCCGAACCUCGUCGCGGCCAAGACGCCUCAGCAACCGGAAGCGCGAGGACUCGGCGUCGACCAGGGUAGCGCCAUCCCGUCUCCUCACGCGCGCAGCGUCGACGAGCAGACGACGCCUUCUAGCCGCACGCGGUUGUUGACUACGUCGACAGGAGGCUUCGUCUCGCCCAUCGUGCAGUCGCAGAACCUCGAGUCGGCCGAGUCGAGCUUCUCCCUCGCGGGGCUUGCGGGACACAGUCCUGAGCCCAGUCCUCGAACUGAGCGCGAGGCGGUGGACGACGAGACGGACCGGACUGUUGAAGACCUGGAGAAGACGCCGCUAAUCGACUCGCGCGACCUCCAGCCUCUGCGGCAUGACGAGGCGGCACCUCCUACCGAGGCGGCACUCGUGGACUCGUCCAUCGUCGACAAGGACGACAUCGUCGGGCCCGAGCGACCGACGUACUCCCGCUCGCCAAGCUCACUCCCCUCCCGUCCUGCCUCAAACGCUUCGACGCAGCUCGACUCAAGCGAGCGAGGAACGGACGACACACCUCUCCUCGAGCAGGAGGCCGAGCAUGCGGGCUAUCAGGCGCUGGACGACGACGAACCGCCCAAGGCGGAAGACGCGGACAGCGAUUCGGACGAUUCGCGGUAUGGCGUACAGACGACUGAGAGCGAACAGCUCGAUCAGCAGGCUUCCGGCGUAAAGGAUCCGCUGGGCGACGUGUUCGGCUCGGACGAGGCGACUUGGCGGUCGAUUGCGGCGGACGACACGGUUCCUCGCUGUGACGAGCGCGAGGUCAUCGAGACGACCGGCCUCGGCUUCACAGGCUCGCAGAACCUCGCAACCCUCGACGACGCUCCGCCCGGUAUCGUCGAACGUCGUCCCGACGACGAGAGUCUCGACGAGCGAGGUUUGCCGCCACCGCAGGACGACGUCGCGGACGUCCAAGCGAUGCUUAGUCCGUCCACACCUACUGCACCGACACAUCCCCCUUAUCUCGCAUCGCCCAUCCGGCUGGACGGCAAGAGCGAGUCUGCCGCGGACGUCUCGCGUGAUGCGGUGCAGGAGGCUGUCGCGCCUGCUGCUUCGAGUUCGAGCGGGGAGGAGCGCGCCCAAACCUCGCCGUUCCUCGCCUCGCACUCGAGCAAGACGUCGAUCAGCACGAUCAACUUCACGGUCCGCCCGCCCUCGACCACGGCAUCCAUGUCGCCCGAGUUCGUCCCUCAGCGGAAGCAGCGUCACGGCUGGACGAACAUCCCGCCUGUCGUCGACCCGUCCAUGUCGGCGUCGUCGUCGCUGUCGUCGAUUGCGCCGCUCGCCGAGGAGGAAGGCGACGUCAGCGAAGGGUCAUCGGCUGUCGGACUCGAGCGCAACCUUGACGACCUCGAACGAGCUCUCGCUGAGCUGUCGCCACGCGCUCUUCCGACGAGCAGGAUGCCGCAUUCGCCUUCGACGGUCCUUGCGCAGGCGGAUGAGCCGCAAGCCGGACCUUCGCUUCUCGCCAGUCGUCGAGCCUUCCGGUACGGGGCACCCGCUUCGCCCGACCUUGGCUCAUCGCCUCGCUUCGACUUCGAGCAAGCCGAGAGUCCCGCACGGCAGCUCGAUUUCGCCCCGGUACCCGCGCCUGGCCUUCCCGACGAGCCUCGGGCAGAGACGCUCGCAGCUCCGCCAGCAGAGCGACCUCGCAUUCCGCGGUCGUCGUCGUUGCACAAGCCGGCGGGACAUCCGCAACCGCAUCUCGUCGCGUUGCCGCCAUCGCCCCUGCCCGAGACCAUCGCCGCUUUCGCUUCGCCUUCGCCUGAACCAGAAGAAGCUCCUGUCCCGACCCUGCCUUCAGCUAGUCCGUCAUGGCCCGCGCCUCCCCCGCUUCCUCUCUCGCCUGAACCUGCACCGGUACCUCCAACAAGCUUCGCAGACAUCGUGCCGCCUCCGCCGCCCGCGAAGGAGGAAACGCCGGCCCCUCAACCUCGUUCGCCUGGCCCGCUCAAGUCGCUGCGAAACGGCAAAUGGGGCAGUCGAAGCAAGAGCAUCGACGCGGGCAAGGCGGGCUCACCAGCCGACGCGUCCGAAGAGUCGUCUGGGUCGAAGAGUCCGCUCGGCAGCUUCUUCGGCAAGUUUGGCCGGAGCAAGUCGCGCAAGUCUGAUCCUACUUCGCCGGAACCGCCUUUGCCGAUCCAGCCUUUCGACGCAGCGAUUCCUCCAACAGGCCCCGAGCCGGCUCAAGCCGAACACGUGCAGCCUUCACCGCAUCCCCCUCGCAAGCAAAGCCUCGACGUUGCCCGACCACGCCGUCCCUCCGUCUCUGGAUCGCUGCCGCGCGACUUCGCAGCAGAUGAGCCUCUGCCGCCGUUCCCGCCGUCUCUCGCCGCCAGCGUGACGACCGCUCCGCAGCUGCCGCCCUUCUCGCCGUCUGAGGAGACGACACUGGACAGCUGGAACGCGGCGGCGGUUGGCGAGGCAUCUCCCGUGGGUACUCCGCUAGAGGCCCAACCCCUCUUCAGCGGCACCCGCUUCGAAGGUCACGAGCAGCCUGCCGCUCCGUUGAGUCAAAACGCCGUACAAGGGUCGGCUGCGUUGCCGCCUGUGGAGGGUGCCGCAUCUUCCGACUUCUCCGCUCUCGCCUUCCCGGCAGGCAUCCUUCCUCCCGCGGCGCCUGCAACUCCUCGCUCGCCGCCAACUGCAUCAUCAUCGGCGAACGACAGUCCAGCAACGGGCGAAGUCGUAUCGCCGUCGGCCUUCCCGCAACCGCCAACAACGCCUCGCUACCCAGCCUCCGCGCCCGUCACGCCUGCCGGGUGGCCUCUUGCGACGCCAUGGACGAGAAGCGGCGGCAAGCGGCGCUUGAGCGCCGACAUCGACCAGCUGCUAAGCCAGAUGAACGACAUCGAGUUCGGACUUGGCGACGACGACGACGCGGCGAAGGCUCACCCUGCUGUCCCGGCAGUUCCGUUGCCGUCGGCGCCAGUACCUCCGAUGCCUGUGCAGGCGGUUGUUGUCGCGGACGAGGCGACCGCACCUGAGCUGGCCGCAUCGCCUGCACCGUAUCUCGUCGAGCCAGACGCAUCUCUCGCCUACGUCGGCGAGUCGACCUCCCCCACAACUCCGCCGAUCGCCCUACCUUCGUUCGACGCGCACGAUGCGACGGCUUCAAGUGGCGGCGGCUUGCUCGGCGUCCAGCAAUCCCUCGACAGGCCGCUCAGCGAGGACUUGCGUGCGCUUGGAUCGAUGAUGACCGGCAUGGUUGCCUCGCCGCCGACGAGCCCUCCCAGCAAGACGACCGGUCUCACCUCCUCCGACUCUGCCUACCUCGACUACAUCGUCGCUUCGUCUCCACCUGCGACGAACGCCGCUCUUGCGUCGGCGUAG